AUGCAUAUAUCUCUAGUGGAAGAAUGCUUCGAUGCUUCACUCACGGUCGCGUGGGGAUACAAGGUCACAGGAGCUGUACUGACCGUGGCGACUCAGGUCAUCACAAAAAACACUCGGAUUUCGGUGCAGCGGGAACAGCAGUCGACCUGGGUUCUCACCAUCUCCAACGUGACCAUGAAAGACCAGGGAGACUACUGGUGCCAGGUGAACACGUCGCCACCUCGCUCCAUCUCAGGUUACCUCUCCGUCGUAGUCCACCAUAAUUCCUCUUCCUUCUUCACCUCACGCAAGAAUCAAAGCCAAAAGACAAAAAAUAGAAAUAUCAAACAGCAGUCAACAGCAGCACAUCCUCACAGACGUAGGAAGAUACACAACAGAAGCACAACUUCGCAGGUGGAACAAACAACUUGUCAGCAGCUGUCUGUCCAUUGCAAGACAAGCCACGCGUCCGCCAGACUGUCGCAGCCGUGGCUUGUCAUUUCAAUAUUUUGGUUCCGGCUCAAGCCGCCGGUGAUGGAAGGCGGCAACGAGGAGGUGACCAUCACGUCGGGCGAGGUGGCCAACCUGACCUGCCGGGCGAGAGGGACGCCGACGCCGACGAUUCGCUGGAUCAGGGAGGACUACGACCGCAUUAGGAUCAACGCUACGUAUUUCGCCUCAGACUACAUCGGCAACUCCCUCCUGCUUCGCACCGUCAACCACCGAAGCGCCGGCGGCUACCUCUGCAUCGCCAGCAACGGCCAUCCUCCUUCGAUCAGUCGCCGGGUCAUCGUCCACGUCAAGUAUAAACCUUUGAUUCAGAAUCCUCCAUCUUCCCUGUGGGCGUCUCAGGGCAGUUCCAUCAGCCUGACCUGUCUGUACGCGGCUUAUCCGGCUCCUCAGGUGAUGUGGAUGCGAGAUAAUUUCCUCGGGUCGCAGCUUCUCAGUGAUGAGUAUUUCACCGUCACGCCGCAAGAUGGCCACCCGCCUUUUACUUGUAACAACCUGUCAUACUCUCGAAGUGUCUAUAGAGUUUGUGUAAUUAAGUCAUCUUGUAAAGAGACUGAAGAUGUGUCUGAGACGCAGAACGAAAUCAUUGUCUUCUCGGAACUCCAGGCGGUUCGAGCGUAA